CGUCGACAUGGCAGCGAAGGCGCGGAGCUGGGACUGGGCGGCGCAGCGUCUCUGGUCCGAAGACACCAAGUGCAACGUGCGCCUUCUCGACACGGUGCUACUGGACGCGGAGGGCCGGCCGCAGCGGUGGCUCUUCGCCUCCAAGCACGGUCACGUCGCCAAGAAGAAGGACGAUCACGUGAGUCUGAGCAGCAUCCGAGACCGCUUCGCUCGAUUCUCUGCGCACCCCAAGAACGUGCUGCGCCACACAGCGUACGCUUUCUAUCGCAGCGGAAAGCGGGAGCUUCUGGACGCGACGCAGUUCAGCAGCCUCCUCGACGCCCUGGACGGCCCGCCCAAGCACCGACCGAGCCUCGCUGGCCUCGUCGCGUACGUUCAUAGCAGCAGCGAACACGCGCUGGCCGAGUACCGAGCCAAUAACGGCGUCUCGCUAUCGAGCUUUGACGGGGCAGGGCGUGCGAGGAAGGAGAUGGAGCGUGCGACGCUGGACGUCGUAAGCUUUCUCCAGACGACUGCCCACGUGUCGAUUGCGAAGCUUGGCGCCGAAUUUGUGGUGGACGACGACAACGUCGUGUGGCUGUCGCACCUGCCGCAGAUGCUCGUGGAAGUGGCGCCCGGGACCCAGUCGUUGCCGAGCUUGGCCAAGACGGACGCUCCUUCGAGCGUCAAGUGCGCAGGCGAAUUUUGCCGAUACUCGGACGCCGACCUCCCCGGGUUGUAUGCGACGCCGCCACUGACGCCGCUGCCGCUGGCCGACACGGGUCAGCGCACCAAAAUUGGCUACAACAACAUCUUACUCGCGCGAGCCGCCAUGGGGUAUCUGCUCUCGCGCUCGGACGACGCGGCGGGGUGGGAUGCUCUCGAUGCUGCGCAGCGCGCAGAACUCGGGCAGUCGAAUCCGUCGCACUUUUACAAGCAAGUCGGCGUCUGUCCCAACUGCCACACGAUUUACGCCCAGCUGCAAGCGCUGCGCCACAACCGUUUUUCCCACGAAAUCGACCGUCCGACGUCGUCGACCAAGAAGAAGGUGACGAGAAAACUCAAGUCGAAUAGCAGCAACGUGAGCAACAACAGCAGCAAUAACCAGCAGCCACAGCCAUCCGAUUCGCUCCUGAAAUUCAUGGGUGUCGCAAAGCCUAGCGCCGACGCGCACGAAGCCGCGUUCCUUGCAGAGCUCCACCGACAGUCGCAACUCCUCGAGCCGCUCUCGACAUCGGCCGCGUCAUCGGCACGGUUGCCCGAAGACGACGCAGCCAGCACGACCGAAGCCCCUUCCGUCGUGAAGCGAAAAUCCAAGAAAGGACCACCACGCCCCAAGGACAACCAAGUUUUAGCGCAGUUUGAGGCCGAGUGGUCCGCAGUUGAGUCCGCCAACAAGUCGCUCGUGGCCGAGAACGCCCGACUCACGGCACGUUUGGCCGAUGUUGAAGCUGCACGGCAGCAAGAGCAGGUGCAAUGGGCGACCGAUCGUGCACAGCUGCUCGAGUCGAAUGAAGUGCUUGAGAGGCAGACCAAGGCGCUCGGAAAGCGCCUCAGCGCCCUCCAGAAAGAGUUUUCGGACGCCAUGGCGGCCAAAGACAACGAGUGGACCCGACGCCUCUUGGAGACAGAGCAACUCUACUCUGCCCGAUCGACGCCACCACCGAGCCGGGAGGUGGCCAGCGGCAACCAACUGAGCCUGAUUGAAACCAUUGAGCAGCUCUCGGCGCAGCUCGAGGCCGAGCAGCGCGAACGAGAGAUGGACCGACAACGACUCGCGGCGACGCACCAAGCAGACGUCCAGCGAGUGCACGACCGCCUCCAACUCGAGACCGAGGCGCUGCGUAUUGGUCACCGUCAGCAGCUGGAUACGAUUGAAGAGCUCAAGACACAGCUGCUAACGACAUCGCACCAGCUGCAAGUCGCGCAGGCGCAGACGAAACAGGCGAAAGCAGCGGCUCUCGACGCGCAAGUGGCAGUGUCCACCCUCGAAGACAAGCUCGUGGCUUUGGAAGCCAAGAGCCUUCCUCCCGCUUUGCUUCCGACGACGGCUGCCGUCGACAGCGCCGCAAACGAGAAGCUUCAGCACAAGAUCGAGUACUUGAAAGCGCAGCUGGCGUCUGAAACGCGAUGCAAGGAGGAGCUCGGUGCAACGGUCGCGACACUGACCGCCAAUCUCGACAGCCUCAAGCGCGACCGCAAGAAGCUCUCAUCGGACCUCGACGAAGCACACCGCAAACAACUCGAGAAGGCGGACGCACGCUACCGAGCUGAAGUCGAGACAGUCCAAGCGGCUAACGCGGCGCUGCAGUCCAAGAUGGCGACGCUCCAGGCCAACGUCGCUGAUCUCGUCGCCGACCUUGCAGCGUCGCGCAACAAGGAAGAGAGUGCCAAGCUCUCGAUGGAGAAGCUCGCAAGCGAGUCGGUGCGCCUGCACGCGCGUAUGGCCGAGCUCGAAGCCACGAACGAGGAGCUUCAAGAGGCGGCGAACGGCACGAAAUCGUCGCUCGAAGACGCCCAGCGAGCUACGAUGGAAGCGACGCUUCGCCGUUUAACGCACGAGCGACAGUACUUGAAGAGCCAAAUGGAUGGCGAAAUCCGGCGCAAGGACGACGCAGAGGCCAAGGUGCGCGAACUUCAGGCGCAGUUGGCCGACGCUACGACGUCGACAAAAGCCGAGGUAAUCGCAGCCAAGCAAGUGGCUAAAGACAAGGAGACGGCGCUAUCAACGGCGCUCGCCAAGCUCGAAGAGACGCAGUUGCUUACGCAGGGCGAGCUCUCGAGCACAAAACACCAGCUCCACGACGCCAAGAUCGCCCUCAUCGGCGCACGCGACGAAAGCCAGCGUGCCCGCGCCGAGCUUGAGACGCAGCGCGCUGACCUCGCGCAUCUGAAAACGAGCCUCUUGUCGACACGGGAAGAGCUUCUCAAGGAGCGAGACCGCAGCAAACUCAAUGCGGAGCGCCAAUCAGCGUCGCUUCAAGCCAUCAAGGCGUCUCUCGUCGAGACGGAAGCGUCCAAAGCUGCCGAGAUCACGGCGCUGCACAAUGAGCGCACGCAGCUGCGCUCCGCCCUCGCGGAGGCGCAGAGUACGCGGCUCGCGCUCGCUGCCUCGCUACAAGCCCAGAGCGUGCAGCAAAAACAGCAGGUUGCACUCCUGCGCGUAGCGCUAUCCACAGCACACCGCGAGGCGACGCGGGUGUUAAUCCGCUGGGAAGGCUGGACGCGUCACGUGGCGUGUCACCGCGUCCAAGAGUCUGGAGCGCAAAAGCUCAAGGAGGCGCUGCAGGCGCGCGAAGUCGUCUGGCAUGACCGGCUGUCCGUCGCCUGCGCCGACGUCCACGAAAAGUGCACUCUGGAAAAAGACUUGGCGCUGGCGGCCGUGUCUGAGCGGCUUCUCACGGACGCUGCCGACGCCGCCCGAGCAGCUGCAAGUGCCCAUACGCAAGCUCUCGCGUACGUACACUACUGGCGAGUGCUGCAAGCUGAUGCGGGCGCAGGGACUGCAAGGUCGCAUCGGCGGCCGCGUUGGAGCUAG